AUGCUCUCACGUGUUGUUGCAGUGAAGGCACCCCGCACACACAACCGUCGCCGCGUGACCGGAUCCAGCGGAAGGAGGAGGGAAGGAAGAGAGAGUGAGCGGCAGAGGCCCAACACGUCCCGACAUCACUUGUGUUCCGCGGUGCUGCUCCUACUUGUUGUCAUUGUUUGCGGUGGCAGUGGGACUGUGACUGCGGAAGCUGCGGGGAAGCCAUCCGAAACAAAGUUUGAAUGGAAGAACAUCAAGGAUGAGGGUAGUGGUGUAACUGUGGAGUCGUUGGGCGCUUCUGGCCUUCUAAAAGUGGGGAGUGACGUAUUUGUCGUUGCCGAGGCGCAGUGCAAAGAGACGAAGGAAGGUAAAGAUAACUUGUUUUUUGGCAUUUCGUCCCAACUUCUCACGAUGGAAACUACUGACAAGCCGGCGGAAGCGCUGACGGAUCCCAAAGCUAAGACACAAUUACUGGAGGAAGGCACUUCCACAGAGGUGAAGAAAGUAGAUGUGAGCCGACCAACAACAGUUGUGAAGGGAAAUGAUAUUUACAUGCUUGUUGGAAAAUACGGCCGGAAAGCUGCCACUGGUGUUCAGGAGAGAGAUGCAGUUGACUGUGGAUUUUUGCUGGUGAAAGGGGAAGUCGGUGGUGAAGAAAGUGGCGGUGGCAAAGGAAUCCAGUGGAGCGAUACCAAAAGUCCCCCGCAGACACAUUUAUGCGAGCAACACGAAUUUUUAACAGGACUGAUUGGCGGCGGUGGAUCGGGUGUUAAGAUGGAGGACGAUACGCUUGUGUUCCCAGUGGAAGGUACAAAGAAGAAGGAGAAUGAGGGCACUGAAGAGGAUGGAAAAACCGUUUCACUGAUCAUAUACACCUUGAGUACUGCGAGUUGGACGCUGUCGAAGGGGAUGACUGACGGUGGCUGCAGUGUUCCCUCCGUCGUGGAGUGGAAGGACAAAAAACUCAUCAUGAUGACUGCGUGUGGUGAUGGCCGCCGCAGGGUGUACGAGUCCGGUGACAAGGGGGA